AUGUUCAUCAGAGUUGACCUUCCCCUGGAGCGCAAACCCAGAGCGGUGCGUCCCUCCGGCCGCCUCUGCACCGAGCUCCACCGGCACCUCACCACGACCGGGCAGCGCGGCGGGCGGGGCGACCACGACGCCGCCGCAGCCGAAGCAGCUGCAGACUCCGACGAGGAGGAAGAGGACGAGGACAGCGAGUCCGAGGAGGAGGAAGAGGAGGAAGACGACUCUUCCAGCAGCAGCGAAAUGGACGCAAAGGCCGCGCCGCGAGCCGAGCCCGCCAAGCCGCAGUUCAGCUCCGAGAAAGAGCUCCAGUCGGUGGUUGGCCUCAUCACUUACAUGCACACGUACUGCCUGCCGUCGCGCAAGCAGCACGCCGGCUGGGACCGCCGGGACAGGGACGCUCAGAGGAACCGCCCUCGGCCUCCGUCCUUGGCCCAGAACACAAACUCUCACACCAGGGUCGUCCUCGUGGCUACUGCCCCCGGGAGUUCCUCGGCGGUGGCACACGGUGGCGGUAACCCUGUCCCCGGUGCGCCCAAGCGGAUCCCGUUUGCGCGGCGGCGAGAGGUCAAAGCCAAUUCACUUUUGCGGGAGCUACUGCAGCGAACAAGCUCGUACGACGUGAGCAAGCCUUACAGACUGCACACCCCGCCGUAUGUCUGCUCUUCCAGCCCUGGCAGAGGCACCAACGCACCUUCUGCACAGGCUAAGGCCACGCCCACCGCCUCCAGACACGAGCGCUCCUCCCCGGACAGGAGUAGCUCUUCCACGGAUAACUCUCUGGACACUUUGGCGGAGGACGGUGGAUCUUUCUCUGUGCGAAGGUCUAGACGUUUGGCAUCGUUUCCGAGCCGUUUCGCGAAAAGGCACCGUCCGUCUCGUCCGGUCGCGGUGGAGAAAACGGAUUUGGAGAAGCCCGCGGCAAAGUUGGCACCAGCUCCAGAGACUGUGGAAGCAGAGACGGAGAUGCUAACGCCGACUGACGGUGGAAACGAGGCGUCGGAGCAGCCCAAGCCCUGCUGCCACAACGAGAAGAGAGCUUGCCUUUGUCUGCCGCUGAACCCCAAAUCCACAGGAGAGUCCCAGUACAGCACCAAGCCUUUCGAGGCGGCCCUCAGUGUGGACUUGUGUGGAACUGCAGGCUUGACUCCGCCCACCACGCCGCCGCACAAACCGGUGGAGGAUGAGCUCUUCAAACCCUCGGACGCUAACAAGACGGCGACCGCGGAGGGGGGCGGAGACUCGACAAGCCUUGCCCCCAGCAGCAACAGCAAUCCGCCCGGCAACAAGCCCUCAUCCUGGCUGCGUGGCGCCCCCAACAGGAAGCUCCCGGAACAGACGGAGCUCUACGCACAGCUGCGGCGCAUGGGCCAGGCCGGCGAGGAGACCAGGAGGAGCUUCGGCGACCACGACUACUGCGCGCCGAGUCUGGGCGAGAGUCGCAAACGCAGCGCCGCCAUCUUGGGCGCCGUGCUGCAGGCGUACGGAGGGAAAGAGCAAGUGGCGAACGGCGUGGAGGCUGCAGAUGAGGAGCCGUCUGCGGAGACCAAGCCCCAAGAGGGAGGGGACAUGUGCGGGGACUCUGAGCCCAGAUCGGAGCCUCGGUCUGGGGACGAGCCUCCGUCUGACGUCCCGCCCUCGGCUCCAGAGUGCCAGGGCUCCACUCCCCCCGCCUCCGAAGAGGAGACCGAGCGCUCCCAGUCCCGGUCCCCCUCACCCCCGCUGCACCUCUGCCCAGACUCCCCCGCCAGCAAGACAGACUCCAGGACCGGACCCAUUCCCACAGCAGGACCGGACCCAUUCCCACAGCAGGACCGGACCCAUUCCCACAGCAGGACCGGACCCAUUCCCACAGCAGGACCGGACCCAUUCCCACAGCAGGACCGGACCCAUUCCCACAGCAGGACCGGACCCAUUCCCACAGCAGGACCGGACCCAUUCCCACAGCAGGACCGGACCCAUUCCCACAGCAGAGGACAGCAGGACCGGACCCAUUCCCACAGCCCAUUCCCCAGCAGCGACCCAUUCCCACAGCAGACCAUCCCACAGCAGGACCGACCCAUUCCCACAGCAGGACCGACCCAUUCCCACAGCAGGACCAUCCCCAGCAGGACCCAUUCCCACAGCAGGACCGACCCAUUCCCACAGCAGGACCGACCCAUUCCCACAGCAGGACCGACCCAUUCCCACAGCAGACCGACCCAUUCCCACAGCAGGACCGACCCAUUCCCACAGCAGGACCGACCCAUUCCCACAGCAGGACCGACCCAUUCCACCAGACAGCAGGACCGACCCAUUCCCACAGCAGGACGGACCCAUUCCCACAGCAGGACCGACCCAUUCCCACAGCAGGACCGGACCCAGGACCGACCAUUCCCACAGCAGGACCGGACCCAUUCCCACAGCAGGACCGACCCAUUCCCACAGCAGGACCGACCCAUUCCCACAGCAGGACCGACCCAUUCCACAGCAGACCCAUCCCAGCAGGGACCAUUCCACAGCAGGACCGACCCAUUCCCACAGCAGGACCGACCCAUUCCCACAGCAGGACCGACCCAUUCCCACAGCAGGACCGACCCGACCAUUCCCCAGCAGGACCGCAGGACCGACCCAUUCCCACAGCAGGACCGACCCAUUCCCACAGCAGACCCGGACCCAUUCCCACAGCAGGAGGACCAUUCCCACAGGACCGACCCAUUCCCCACAGACCAGGACAGCAGACCGAUUCCCAUUCUUCCCACAGCAGGACCGGACCCAUUCCACACAGCCUCCCAGGACCGACCCAUUCCCACAGCAGGACCGACCCAUUCCCACAGCAGGACCGACCCAUUCCCACAGCAGGACCGACCCAUUCCCACAGCAGGACCGACCCAUUCCCACAGCAGGACCGACCCAUUCCCCACAGCAGGACCAACCCAUUCCCACAGCAGGACCGACCCAUUCCCACAGCAGGACUGGACCCAUUCCCACAGCAGGACCGACCCAUUCCCACAGCAGGACCGGACCCAUUCCCACAGCAGGACCGACCCAUUACCACAGCAGGACCGACCCAUUCCACAGCAGGACCGACCCAUUCCCACAGCAGGACUGGACCCAUUCCCACAGCAGGACCGACCCAUUCCCACAGCAGGACCGGACCCAUUCCCACAGCAGGACCGGACCCAUUCCCACAGCAGGACCGGACCCAUUCCCACAGCAGGACCGGAUCCGGGAACAGUGCCUCGUUCCGACCCCAGCGCUGAGAACAAGUCCACGGUCUCUGGUCGUAGCUCCAGAGGCGGCGCAGCUCAUUACUCCGCCAUGUGUCAUAACGCCUUCACUGCAGCCAUUAUUCCCGUCUAUAAAAAGACCGCCUCCUCCUCCGCUGUAGCCGUUAGUCUGACAUUUACUUUCACCUUCACGAGCGGCUGCUGCACCAGAGAACAAAUGAGUAACUGUUAUGAGAACUCUGAGGUCUGUGUGGACGAAGCCGAGAGGAAGGAACCCGCGUCCGAGGAGGACAACUGCCAGGUGUUCUACAUCCACAACCUCCCGAGCAGCGUGACCCAGAACAUGCUGCGCAAACGCUUCCAGGUUUUCGGCAAAGCGGAGGACUGCAAAGUCAUCAUCUGCAACGAGGAGCGAUGUGGCGUCAUUAAGAUCUGUCAGAACGGAAACCAGAGGCAUCGGAAAGAGGUGGUCUUCAACGCGGCUCCCACGGCGCUGCGGAGGCUGACCCGGAAACGCUACAUCGACCUCGACGAGGCCGGUCCGGGUCCAGUCAAGAGCAAAUAUGACGCUCUGGAUUUCGACACUCUGCUCAAAGAAGCCCAGAAGUCCCUGCACCGCUGA